GGCCCCCUCCCCAGCCUCAGUUCGCAGCCGCUGUGGGCAGGGCGGCGGUGGCUCCUCUGUCCCCGCACCGAGCCUGUGAGUGCCACCGCGGAGAAGAGCCCAGAACCAUGUGGAGUCUCGGGGCCCCGUUUCUGCUGCUGACCGCCUGCCUGGCCGCGAGUGCCAGCCCUGUGCUCACGCCGCCCGACGACAUCCAAGUGCAGGAGAACUUCGACGUCUCCCGGAUCUACGGGAAGUGGUUUCACGUGGCCGUGGGCUCCACCUGCCCGUGGCUGAAGAAGUUCAUGGACAGGAUGUCCAUGAGCACGCUGGUGCUGGGCGACGGGCCGACCGACCGGGAGCUCAGCAUGACCAGCACGCGCUGGCGGAGAGGCACCUGCGAGGAGAUCUCCGGGACUUACGAGAAAACCGGCACCAGCGGAAAGUUCCUCUAUCACAAACCCAAGUGGAACCUCACCAUGGAGUCCUAUGUGGUCCACACCAACUAUGAUGAGUACGCCAUCUUUCUGACCAAGAAAUUCAGCCGCCACCAUGGGCCCACCAUUACUGCCAAGCUCUAUGGGCGACAGCCACAGCUCCGAGAAAGCCUGCUGGAGGAGUUCAGGGAGGUCGCCUUGGGCGUGGGCAUCCCCGAGGACGCCAUCUUCACCAUGGCCAACAAAGGUGAGUGUGUCCCCGGCGAGCAGGAACCAGAGCCUUCUCCAUACAUGAGAGCCCGGCGGGCUGUGCUGCCCCAGGAGGAGGAAGGAUCGGGCGCCGGGCAACUAGUAAACACUGUCCACAAGAAGGAAGAUGCCUGCCAGCUGGACCACGCGGAAGGCCCCUGCCUGGGGAUGGUCACCAGGUAUUUCUACAACGGCUCCUCCAUGGCCUGUGAGACCUUCCAGUACGGCGGCUGCCUGGGCAACGGGAACAACUUCGCCUCCGAGAAGGAGUGUCUGCAGACCUGCCGCACCGUGGCGGCCUGCAGCCUCCCCAUCGUCCCCGGCCCCUGCCGAAUGCACCAGAGCCUCUGGGCCUACGACGCCGUCCAGGGCAGGUGCGUCGGCUUCGUGUACGGGGGCUGCCAAGGCAACGGCAACAAGUUCUACUCGGAGAAGGAGUGCAAGGAGUACUGCGGGGCCCCGGGCGCCGGGGACGAGGAGCUGCUGCGCUAAUCCAGCGGACCUGUCCACGGGCCACAGCGGGGCAGGGGUGCAGGCUGGUGCCCCUCCCCCCCAUGCCCGCCCCGUGCCCGCCCCUGUGCCCACCCCCGUCCCCCACGGCAGGCCGGGCCGAGCGACCCUGGUUCAAAAUAAAAACCCAACGGAGGCUCCUGAAA